CCACGUGUUGGUAAGAUGUGGUAAAGCUAUAGAGGUACGGAGGAGAAGAGGCGUACUUUGUCCUACUACAGGGGUGCCUUUCUCACAAUUUCUAAAGCAUUUAUUGGCUAAUAACAAUGAUGAGAACAUAUAAGUGGUGGUCUGUAUUGCUUGGCAGUUAUGACACGAUAGAAAUGAAGCAGUAUGGUCCUAUGUCCAUCAUGAUCCGGUGGCCACUCCGGCUAUGUCCAUGAAGAAGCUUCGAAAGUGGAAGGAUGCUACUGUGGAGCUACAAAGCAGGCAUCAAAUACCCUUACAUGGCUCAUUCAAUAUUUCAACUUGGGGAAUGGUGAAUCUGACAGGUUGGCAGAGUUUUGUUGAUGGGGCAGUGUUUAUGGACCUCCAUAUGGUAGGGUUUGGCUGUGUUUUUGAGCUUGCAGAGGGCAAUUUUGUUCAAGCAUUAUCGGGGUUCUUUGAUUUGUGUACAGACCCAUUAUUGGUAGGAGCUUUGGCAUUGUGUACAUGCUUAACUUGGUUACACUACCAUCAUCUUUCACCCAGGAAUUUGUUAUCAUCUAGGCCAAAUAUGGCUAUUCGAUGGAUUACGAGACAAGCUAACAUAGGGGCUCAUAUAUUAGCCGGGGCCUUCUAUUCUCAUGCUCUUUCCAGGUGUGGGACAUUAUACCACAUUGUUUAUUUCACCUUUAUAAGUAAUGCAAGUUUGUUUGAAAUAGCAACAGAUUUAAUAGUGAACUACAAUAAGUGCGCAUUAUCAAAUAUUAUUCCACUUAAAGUUUGA